AUGUCAUGUAUCAAAAAAGAAAAUCUUAUGAAAGGUCAUAUCGAUUCAUUGCGUAAAGUAGAUGGCAUCGAGUUGAGCUCCGAAAAUAUUGAGAAAGAUAAUUUUCCAAAUCAAAAGAAUCAACAACGUGUGAUAAUUCUUUAUUUUUUCCUUACUCAUGUUAUGAAGAUCAACGCAUGGUAUUCUCGAAUAGAAGAAAAAUAA